AUGCUAUCAACGCUCCGUAUCCCUGUGCAUGAGGAGCCGGAGGAGGAAGCACCUGCCUCACCAGACCCGUAUGCGACGUCGCCUUUCCGUGGCGCCUCACCGUCCAUCGUAUCUAUGGUUCGUGCAGGGUCCAUCUCGAGCGAGAAUAUGCCACCCCCACCGGAUAUCCAACACAUUGAGGGGCAGCUUUGGUUUGUGACGGGGAAGAACGGCCCAGGGAAGAAGCACGCAUCUGCGCAGUGGGUCGUGUGCGAGGACCAGCGCCUCUCCGUGUACAGUAGCUGGGCCAAUAGCAGACGGCUCGUGGAGGAGGCGCGCUUUGAGAGAGUGCGUAUCAUGUUCGACUUUCUACACCCGCACAUGCACCCAGAGGUGAUGGGCAGCGGCGCCCCGCAGACGCGUCGCAUGACGAUUCACCGCAACGAGCCCCGCACCACAGCGGAGUCGCGCUGCGCGUUUCAUAUACGCGACCCCUGCGACGCACAAACCCUUGCCGGAUACUACUACUUUGGGGUUGAGUGUGUGAUGCGUGACCCACUGACGGUGAGGCUGCGUCGCAGCCUUGCGGUCUUCUGCACCGAUCAUCCAGAUGACCACCGCAAGUGGCUCGACUUUUGGGAGGAGAUGCAGGUGCGCUACCCCAUGCUGCGGAAUCGAAACGCCGCAGCCAUGUCGAUGGACAUCAGCUCAGAGUUAAUGAGCGAAUUUGUGUUCCCUGCGCAGGCGGUGAAGCCGGCAGUAGGAGGAAAAAGCGAAGAGGACACGGACGCGGUGAGCAGCCCGGGCUUGCCGUCACCGAUCGGCCGAGAUGAGGACAGCCUCGCCACCACACGUGCGCCAAAGUGGACUGAUAGCGAGCACGGGCAGCCUCACUGGAAGGGCGACACACGACCUCUGCCCUUUGCGUUGCUGGGCAGUACCUCCGCCGGUGGCGUGCGCGGAAGCCUGCUAAGCGACGUGGCCACCGGUGGUGAGGACGCCGAGGCAGGAGGCUCUGAACAGUGGCUAGCGCUGCUCGUCGAUGCGGAACGGCAGGCGCGGGAGGGGAUCGAGCUCAUCGAGGCUGCGACACGCAGCAUGCUGGAGGCUAACCAGGCGCUGCGCGAUCUCUUUCACCACGUGACUCCAACGGCAACCGUUCCCUCUCCUGUAGCAGUGGUGUGCAGAAAAGAUGAGGGCAGUGCCGGCGACGACGCCGUAAGCGGCGUGCCGAUGCGCAAUGGCGACAUGAUGCGCGCCUUACAGGCGGAGCUGAGGGCUUUGUGCGCAGCCCUCGAGAGGGCAAAAAGCGAGGUUUUCACGUCCGCCCCAGCGCCGGAAGCGCUGACAUCAGCGGAGUCGGCCGCGGUGUCGAAUCAGGUGCUGUUGGCGGCACAUGAGCGGGAGUUGACGGAGCUGCGGGUCCAAAAUGCAACGCUGAGGAGAGAACUCGACACUCAUGCAGCCACUGCCGCGGCGCGUGUUGAGAGGGCACUGGACGAGUGGACUCUGACCGGUACUGUCGAUAUCGUUGUCUCCGAUGCAGAAAACGGGGGCAGCGGUCAAGUCGCCGAUGCUUUUGCGGAUAGACAGCGGUACUUGGCAGCGGAUAAGGCCCUCGUGCGAGCCUUAGUCGAGGCUGCGCUGGUGCAAGAAUCAUCGACUGCUGCCCUCGAUUCUUCCGGCGGCGCCGCGUCCCCUGCGCAGGUUAACACUCAGGGCGAGUCUGCUUCCACUCCGCAAGCGUUCCACGCGACUCUGUCAACCGACGCCGAUGGGUAUGACGGGGUCAUUAGUGCCGGACGCCUCUUAGGCACCGCAUCCGAUUCCCGCCAGCUUUGCCGAGCACACAGCGGAGAGGUCCAGCUCUCGGACGCUACGAGUGCAGCAGGCGAUUUGACGGCUUCGCUGCCAGCUCUGGUGCGCCAACACUUGAGCACAUUUGCCACGGAGCACGAUCGCCGUCUCGGAAGCACUGAUCUUGCACGUUCUUUGUCAACGGAUCGAGACUCCCUUCUGUAUCAUGUGGUGGAUGAGGUCGUGACGGCCUUCAAGGACUUGAUGGACGCUCCCCACAUAGCCACAGGCAUCUCGAAGGCUGAUGGAAACGUUACCGCGUCUGCUCCAACCGCCACCGCGGUGUCAUCGUGGCUCUCCGUGCUGCAUCGAUGCCUUCUUCACAGGCUUGGCGUGGUCGGAGUGGUUUGCAGCGCGGGCGCCAGUAUCCAGAGCCCGGUAGCUGCUGCUGAGGCUGGUGGGCCUGCGACGGAUGCAGCGAGUGCCGUCGAGGCCGCCGCCGCUGGAGACGACGUGACUGGAUGCGGUCCCCCCGCUGAGACCUCCUCAAAUGCGCGACAGUGCAGUUCGCUGCCACCGCUCACAGAUGAAGAGAUAGCCAUCGUAGGCGACCUUCAUCAGUCUGUCCAUGACGUAGUAGCGUGGAUUCUCAAUCUGCUGGGUGAGAGGCAGCGGUACGCGGCCUAUAUGACUGCUUUAGACUCCCUGACAUGCCGACAUGACGUGUUUCGCCCUCUGAAAGAGGUACAAGGAGAACUUGAGAGGGCAACAGCGCGCUUUGAAGCAGCUGCGGCGGCCGCGAGUCCCAGCAGUGCCGCAUGCGGACACGGUGAGGCGACUAACCCCGACACCUUCCCACUCGAGGCAGCUGCGGCAUCUAGUGCCGCUUAUGACGGCCCCGAAGAUUCAGAGAAACAUACGUCGGAUGGUUCAGAUGGGCUCAGAGUAGAGUGCCGCCUCACGGCACGCCUGCAGCAUGCUACGGCUGCCUUUGACAGCAAAUGCGAGGAGGCUGCGGCGCUGCGGCGCUUGCUGACCGCGAUCCUCUACGGAAGUGAGAUGGCGCUUCAAAAAGCGGACUCCACCGAUGAGGUGGUUCCGGCGGCGACGACGAGUGCUGCUGCAGCCUGUGAGGCGUUCCGCGCGGCUCAAGAAGCGGGCGUUGGUGAAGUAGACAAGCUUCGAGGUGCUGCAGAGGCAUGCGUGGCAGCGAGAGCGAGGGAGGAGGUGUGGGCCAGCACCCUCACACCAGCUGUGUUGCAGGCGUGCGCGGACGCGUUCAUCGGCGCUCCAUGUAUCCAGGACAUGGUACACGCAUUACAGUUGACACUUGGGCGCUGUCCUGAAAUACACGGCAGGCCCAGGUUGGUUGGAGACGCCGCUUAUGUGCCGCCACUCCCGCAAGAGAGUAUAUGGAGCCUCGCGCAGGAGCUUCACCAGCGUCUUGCUGUGGAGCAGGCACGCUGCAAUGGACUGCUUGGUGAGGUGAUGCUGAUAUCCUCCUCACUUGCUUGUGUGGGGAGUGAGCCACUUACGGCGGCCUAUUCGACCGCGAUGACGGCGACAGCGAAUGCGAGCGCCAUGACAAAUGAGGCCCUGAAGGCAUGGGCGGCGUACACGAAGCACGCCCAUGAAGUCGUGCCCGGGCAGCAACGUGAUCUUCACGAGCCUGUCGAGACAAAAGCCGACCGUUGCCUCUCCGCUGCUCCCGCAGAGACGACAGCAGAGACUGCUCCUCACGAGGUUGUCCACGCUCGCCUCGUCGCGGCGCUGAGCCGAGCGGACGGCGCGCGCGGGUUACGCAGCGCUGCUUUCGAUGUCACGAAUUCUCUUCUGCCAAACUUAUUGGCUAGUAUCGCCGGUACGCAAACAGCGCUUUGGCGGCUUGUAGGAGUCCUCCUCCGACACGGCGCAGGUGCAGGCGUGCCCUCGCCGGAGGUUGUGCUUGCCCUUCCCAUCGUGAACCACAUCGCUGCGCCACAUGCUAUCGGCGAUAGUGCAACAGAUGUAUCGUCAUUAGGUGCGCACAUCGGGGUAGCAGGAAGCGCAGCCGAAGAGCUGCUGAGUGAGUGCGAGAAGGCGGCAAGUGAGCGCCGCGAAUGGAUGCAGCAAUUCCUGCAGUGGCUCAAAGACGUUCCUCUGACGCCGGUUCAGGUGCGGCGUCACUCGUAUACGCCGGGGUUGCGGUACGAUGCAUCCACCGCGCAUGAGGUCUAUGCUCAGCUGCUGGAGGAGCUUGCCGCUGCGGAAAGCGAGCACAUGAGUAGAGUCGGUGCGGUGGAGGCGCUGUUGUGGAAAACAAGCUGUGUGCGUACCAUCUUUGUUCCUGAGAUGAGCGACGGAGCGGGGGAUGCAGAUAUUGCAGCGCUUGCAGCUGCUGCCGCCGCGGACAUAGCGGAGACUCUACGUGUGGCAGAAGCGCAUGUCAGCGUGACGGCAGCUUCCGCCGAUCCCGUCCAACGUGCGGCACAUGUGAGUGCAACCAUCGCUCAUGACCCCCGAGGACGAACGCGCGCAUCCGUGCUUGGCACCGUACAUGCCUGCCCGUUUGCACGUCUGCAGGAAGCACUAAAGGGCGCACCGGUCGAUUCUGCUGCGACUGCUUCUGACACAGGCGAACGGAGCACAGCACACCCAGCUACUGUGGACUCGCCAGAGGGCAUCGAUGCCGUGAGCCGGCUCGCUAGAAGCCUGCAGCACCGCGCCGCGAAGAUGGCUGCCGUCGUCGAGUUUGAGAAGCGAGUACUUGCACUGCUUCCCAGCCCGCAUGAUAUAGCCAUGGCGAACGCCGGGAUGCCCACCAUCGAUGGAACUCCGGCCUGCAAGGCAGUCCAGGCCUUGGCAGCAAUGCUCGCGGACGAACUCGAUAUACCGAUUCCAGAGGCCAACUUUAAGAGGCCCUCCACCGCACCCGCCGCCCUCCUCGACACUCUCGCCUCUUACCUAGAGCAACUCCACGACGCUGCUCUAUCCGCUUUACACCACCGCCAGAUCGAGUCUGGGUAUGCGUCCCUAGAGAAACUGCGCGCCGCCGUUGACACACUGCAUGAUGCCGCCCUUGAAAAGGUGGCAGACGUCGCGCUCGAGCAGAUUCCCUCCCUUCACGACAUCGUAGAUAUGCCGUGGCCAGAGGCACUCAAAACUGCCGACCUUCGUCAUAUCCACCUCAUUAUCGAACAUCUGGCGAGCGGGGCAGAUCGAGCGGCAUCACCCGAUUCCACCAAUGAUCAAUUGAACGAUCUGCGCGCCAUCGCCCAGGCCCUCGGCGUGCCGCCGGACGCGUACGCUGGCGAGCGGGACGGCGAGUGCGUGCCAACAAUCGGGCAGCUAGCGGAGCGCGCUGGCGCUGUGGUGAGCGCCCGCGCUGAGGAGGCGGCUGGACUGCGCGCCAUCGCCCAGGCCCUCGCCGUCCCGCCGGACGCGUACGCUGGCGAGCGGGACGGCGAGUGCGCGCCAACAACCGGGCAGCUAGCGGAGCGCGCUGGCGCUGUGGUGAGCGCCCGCGCUGAGGAGGCGGCUGGACUGCGCGCCAUCGCCCAGGCCCUCGCCGUCCCGCCGGACGCGUACGCUGGCGAGCGGGACGGCGAGUGCGCGCCAACAACCGGGCAGCUAGCGGAGCGCGCUGGCGCUGUGGUGAGCGCCCGCGCUGAGGAGGCGGCUGGACUGCGCGCCAUCGCCCAGGCCCUCGGCGUGCCGCCGGACGCGUACGCUGGCGAGCGGGACGGCGAGUGCGUGCCAACAACCGGGCAGCUAGCGGAGCGCGCUGGCGCUGUGGUGAGCGCCCGCGCUGAGGAGGCGGCUGGACUGCGCGCCAUCGCCCAGGCCCUCGGCGUGCCGCCGGACGCGUACGCUGGCGAGCGGGACGGCGAGUGCGUGCCAACAACCGGGCAGCUAGCGGAGCGCGCUGGCGCUGUGGUGAGCGCCCGCGCUGAGGAGGCGGCUGGACUGCGCGCCAUCGCCCAGGCCCUCGGCGUGCCGCCGGACGCGUAUGGUGGCGAGUGGACGGAAGAGAUGACUCCCAGGUGUUCCGAGGUGCUGUCAGCUGUUGACGCUCUGGUGAAGCGAUCCAAGAUGGCUUGUGAGGCGGCGCGGAUGGAUGCGGGUGAAGGUGAGGCGGCUGUUGGGGUGUUGGUGGCUUUGUGGGAGGCAGUUGAGGAGGCCGGAGUCCUGACUGCGAAUCUGGAGGAUGGCUGGUGGUCCGUUGAGGGCCGAAGCCGUUGGGAAGCCGCUGCUAGUCUAGUCGGCGCACUUUCUGCAGCGGUGGAAGUGUCGCAUGAGGAGCUCGCUGAUGUGUCGGGGCGCAUCAAGUUCUUUGAGGAGGAGCUGGUGGACGUGGAGCGAGACCACAACGAGUCGCGUGAGACGAUCACGGCGGCGGUGAAGAAGCUGCGCGGAGGACUCGAGGAGGUGAUUAUUGAAGACCCCGGCGAGACCUCGCCGCCUUCUUCGCGUGGAUCGACGGUGUGCGGGCCUCUGUUUACCAGUCUGCGGCAACUCACAAGCGAGGUGUCCGAUGUUGCCUCUGUGCUACGGCGAGUAAAGCAGGUGUUGGAGGAGCAUAAUGCUGAAGAGAAAUGCAUGCCGGAGUUGGAGGAGGUGAGCUUCCCUGUUUCACAGAAGGACGGUUGUGACGUGCUCGAGGAGGGCAAGGUACUUACGUACGAGGAUGUGGUCGCUGGUGUACGUGCGAAGGUAGUGGCCUUGAGAAAAGAGCGGGCGAGGCGUAUAGAGACGGAUGCCGCUCUGAAAAACUUUUUGAGCGCUGUUACCGACCGACGCGCAUUUUCCGAGGAGCAGCCGGUGUCACGUCCAUCGUCGUUGCUAUCACGACGGUGCGUCAAGCCGAAGGCGAAACCGCAGCCGGCAGACUUAGACUCCAGCGCCAGCGAGGAGUUCUUCUUGCCGCGCACACCGCUGCUUUUGCCCACCAACAAUGGCAAUACCGAUGUGCCGCUUGGGUGCAGUGGCAGUAUCUCAGUGCCGGUGUCACGCUGGGCUGCCAGUGAGGCGCUGGAGAAAGUGCGUCACCAGAUGAACCAGGCGGAGAACGCUAUCGGGACUCUGCGGACUGCCGUUGCUGCGGCAUACGAAGCGCUGGGCGGCGAGGAUGAUGCGGUGCACGCGUCAGACAACGAGGCGGCCCGGCUGCUGGUGGAGCUGGCGCGGAAUACCGCUGAAAGCAUCGAGUUUGUCAAGAGGCUUCUCGAGCCUCUGGAUGAGAGUGAAGCUUCGACUCGUCGACGCGAGCAGCUUGCGCACCUGGUGGAUCGCAUCAAGGAAAAGCUUGGCAGCAGCUCUGGGGCCUCCAUGCCCACCCUACUUCAAGUGGAGGAAGGCAUGCACUCUUUGUAUAACGACUCCACCUCCUCGCGACGAUCACCGGGGUCGUCGGUGAAUCGGCACCUGCCGCGCAAACAGAAACCCGUGGCGCCAGAGGUGGAGUUCACGAAGGGUUUUCAUCUCACCCAGCAGGUCGUGCGUAACCGUGACAGUUCCGCGUCGUCACUGACCUCGACGCUGAAGGUGCUGGUUCCGCCGCCGCCCGGCACACGAGACUCGACCGAGGAUGUCGAAAAGGAGAUAGGAUACCGUAUGCAGGAGCUGGAUGCGCUACGACGCGGCUGCAGCGUUGCCCUCAGAACGCUCGACUCCUCGCUGAAUGUCUCUGAUAUGGACUGCAACGCCAUGAUCACACAUCUGGUGGAGUGCUGUAGCGACGUGCAAACGGCAAUGCAGAUCACAGCCGCUGUGUUCGAGGACGACAACAUGAUAUCGGAGGUGAGCGCCGCGGCCUCGUCGUACAGAGCCAGCAACCCUUCCGCGAGCGAGCACCCGUUGCCGAUGCGAUGUAGCGUUCUCGUGCGUACUGUCAAGUCCCUCGACAACUUGUGCGAGGCGAUGCGGCACACUCAGGCAAACAUGGCGAAACAGCAGCGGUUUCUCAUGCAAAAUGAAGCUCAAAACACAGGUGAACUUCGACGGGCGUUGGUGGAGUUGGAGCAGCAGCUGCUCAACGGCAACGCGGAGCGGUUGAAGCUGCAAAAAGCGAAAGAGGCGGCGGAAAAGAACGCGGCCGAGCUGUCGCAUGCUCUGGAGAUGGCGCACAACGAGCUCACCAACCUGCAGAACAUCCGAGACGACUUGGAGAAGUCGUUGGUGCAGCUCAAGCAGCAACAUGGCAAGGAUGAUGAUGAACUGGAUCGGGCCGGCGAAAAGCUGAAUUCCUUGUCGAACCAUGCUACAACGCUGCAAGCGGUGCUGGAGGCGGCCACGGAUGCUGUGCGUAAGGAGGUGUUGGGGCCGUGCCAGCAGCUUCACUUGGCGGUGGUGGGAAGAGAGAUGCCAAAGCCUGAGAUGCUUGCCGAAGGCAAGUCACAAGAGGUGCUUCUUCCGGCUCUACAUGCCAUCGCCAAGGCGCUGCAGAACGCUGUGGAGGAGAUGACUCGGUUUGCCACUGGAGACACGGGAAUCGCAGCUGUGUUUGCCGAGGAGCGUAAGCAUGCUGCGCAGCGGGCCGCAGUGCUGAAGAGCGAGCUUGCUUCCGUUGCAGAAGCAAAGGAGGAGGCAGAGGCGAGAGCCAAGGCGGCCGCGAAGCACCUGAAGCAGACUGAGGACGCCUUUGAGGACGAAGUUGCGAAACUGAAGCGCGCUCUUCGCAACAGCGAAGCAAUGCUGGAGGAAAAGGAGGCGAAUCACCAGCGUCGGUUGCGCCAGGCGCAGGCAGCCGCAGAAGAUCAGCUGGCGUUGGUACAGCAACGCUUAGACCGUGUCACGCGUGCGCAGACAGAGGAGGAGCGGCUGAGAGCGGCAUCUGAGGAGAAUGUACAGAAAUUGCGCGGCGCUCUCGCAGAGGCGGAGGCGGAGCUGGCCCGACAGCAGCGCUACGCAGCUGAGGAUACGAUGACGCAGCGUAAAGGCAGUAUGCACCGCAUAGACUCCCUGGAAGCAGAUCUUGCUGCAGCUCGCCUGCAUAGCAGCGAGUUGGCGCAGACUCUUGGCCGUGCGAGGCGCGACAGUGCUGAGGCUGCACGGACUCUCGAGACGGAGGCGCGGGAGAAGGCGAAGCUAGCCGAAGAGCUGGCGGACACGCGCGCGCAGCUGCGCGCGGUGAACAAUGAGCUGGCCAGUAUCUGCGCGAGCAUUGCCUCAACUGGGCUAACGUCAUCGAUAAAGUCGUCUGCAUUCUCGCCAGCGUCACCAGAAAGAGCGACGGAGCUCCUGGCAGGACUCGUGGACCAUGUUGCGGUGCUGCAGCGUGCGCUAGAGGCCCAAGAAACGGCGCGGCAACAGCACCGCACCAAGGGUACACAGAGUGAGGAUGCUGUGGCCGAGACACUGGCGGCGUUCGCAGCCAUCUGGGCCGCCGCGGUAAAAACUGGAUGCACACCAGCGCGGCUCAACGAAGCGUGUCUGACGCCGACGGACAAGGCGGAGGUCCUGUCGAACGCUUUGACGCGCGACGUCUCACUGAAGUUAGAUGACCUUGCGGCUACCAGACAGCGCCUGCUGGAUUUGUUGUGCCAUCCACGGGUGCGUCACCUAGCGCGGCCAGCAGCACUAGGGCCUCUCGAGAAGACAACUACUGCAGCCCUGGUUCAGACCUACCAUGACGCCAUGGAGAGGUGCCACGAGGCGCAACAAGCUGCGCUUGAGCGAGAGCUGCGAGAUGCGCAGUGCAGAGCUCAGAACCUUCUGGCGCGACUGCAGGAGCAAGAGGAGCAGCACGCGAUAGAGGCGGAAGAGGUGGAGAUUCGCAUUGGCCGCAUGCGUGAGAUGGUGCAAAGCAAGCUCAUGGCAGAUGAGAUUGCCGAGCAGCACAUGCAAGAGACGGAUGCUGCCAUGCGCGCGCACUUCUUGCUCUAG